AUGAUCACGCUUGAAGUUAUUAUCCCAGAAAUCGAGAUUUCGCAGAGCAGCUGGCUAGAUGAAGUGCUGAAGGCGGUUCUUCACCGUUUCGGGAGGAUGGUCAUUGUUUGCUGUGAGAAGUUGUUGUGUGCGAUCAGCAUUCACGACCUGAAGAAUCAAGUCAAUUCUGCGUUCAGGUCCGUGCUCGUAGAAGCGGUUAUUGGAGGAGUAAGGUACUGACA